AUGCUGUGGACGUUGCUAGUGCAGAUGGGGUGCACAGCCUGGGUGCUCAUCUUUGAGGGCGGCAAGCUGAGCAGUUGGGUGUCGGUGAUGUUAGUGGUGAUGUUAAUGGUGAUGCAGGCGACGGGGGCAGAGGCUGGCGGAUGGGGGAUGGGAAGGGGGGAGAUCUACAUGGUUGCGGCCGGGAUGGCGGAAACGGCCACGGUGGCGGCAGUGACCCAUGGGCCAGAAGCAGCCCUAGCAAAGGAGGUUCCGGGUGCAGGAGCCGCGGCACUAGCUCCUGGUGGUGAAGAUGCUGACGGCGGCAAUGGCGACGGGGUGGAGAGGGCAAUGGCACCAGCCGGAAUGUCCAUAGAUCAUAACCUGGCGGACGGCGCAUGUGCGGACGUGUGUACGGCAAUCAAUCCGCCGCCGCCAAUCUGUCGGCAAUCCCGCCAGCUCUUGCCGUACAGCGUCGUCGUCUCUGCCGACACAGCCGUCAGCGUCGACGCCUGCUCCUCUUCUUUACCAGGGCUGCAAAGGGCUAUCGCUUCCACUAGUGGCGGCGGCCGCAACGGCCGCUCCGGAACCAGCCCGUCCUUCUCUACCUCCUCCUCCUCCCCAUCUAAAGAGGAGCCCAGUUUGCGCCAUGUGGCACAGCUCGUACUCGGCAACGCGCUCAUGUGGACGACAGGUGCCGCCACGGGCGUGUCAAUGUUGGGUUUGCAUGCCGUACUUGACCCGGACGUCCCCUCCCACGUCCGGGGGCUACAAUUUGUGGAGGGCACCCUCGCCUGGCUGGCUAAAUGCUCCGUGCCUGUGUCCCUCUUCGCCAUGGGCCUCUUCUCGUCCAACACUGGACCUGGUUGCGGCGUCGAUGACGCGCGCUCGGCUCGUACUGUCGUGUCGUACUUGGCGGUUAAGUUGUUGGUAUUGCCCUGGGUGAUGGUCUUUGUGAACAGUUUACUUGGUCUGGAUGGGCAGUUGGCGCAGGCGCUGUUGGUGUUGACGUGCGUGCCGGUGGGCCAGAACGCGUUCCUGGUAACGGAGCAGUUUGGUGAGGGCGCGGAGGUGGUAACGGCGGUGAUGCAGGCGGGGUUGCUGUUGAUGCUGCCGCAUGUGGCGGGGUUAAUGGCGGGGUUGCGGUGGAUGGGGCUGUAUCAGGGCGCAACUACGUGA